GCCAAGCUAAACCAUGGAAGAUUGUAAUCCGAAAAAAGCUACACUUCCUGAUCCACACAAAAGCUACAGGUUCUUUAAACAGGAGACAGGUUGCUAUCAUUUUGGGCUGAAGUCUGGAGGUUAUUUUGGAAUGUGAAAACUACUUGUUGCUUGGAUCCAUGACAAUCACGUAGAUGCUAUUCAUUCACUUUAAUGAUCUACACCAACAUGGAUCAAGACCUUUAAAUCAAACCUUUCAAGCAGUCAAUGGAGUACAAUCUGAAAGAUUAAAGAAAAUCCAGAUGGGGUGCAGGUGCUGCAAAAUGAUACAAAGCUAUAUUUUUGAUCCAGAAGAAGUACAAUCACCUGGAUGCAUUCAUGAAGUAAACAGCUAUAAACUUAAUGAGCAAGGCAGCAAUAAAUCCAAAGAGAACAGUGAAAUCCAAGAACAUAUAAAUGAACUCCAAAAGGAUGAGCUAGACAGAACAGAAAACAAAAAUCAGGUAAACAGCACAAAAGAAACCCUCUGGAACCACAGAGGCAAAGAUUUCCAAGAGGCUGGCCUUGUGAAGUGUGUUGCAAAGCUUGAUGUUGCAGUCAACGGUGGCAACUCCUGUGCUGGAGCGCACUCCAUGCUCAAUCCCAAUACAAGCCCAGUAAAAGAAGCCAGUGAACAGGGAACCUCCAGCCAGUCAGAAGCUUCUUCAGCCAACAAUAGACACUUUUACACCAAAACAAAUAGGUCUGGACAAGAACUUGACCUAGAGGCAGGCAGGCAGAGGAAGGCAGCCUGCAAUAAGCCAAACAGUAUUCAAGAUGAGAACUCCCAGUCUGCAGAAGACAGCAUCUUUCUCAAAGGAAGUGCAAUACUAGAGACACAAAACAAUGCCUUAAAACUGCCAGCUAUUGAUUAUCCCCAAAAUGGCAACCAAACCAGGAACUAUGUUGAAAAAGAUAGCUUUUCAGUCAAUUGUGCACAUUCAGACCAGAAUGCUGGGCCUGCAGCAAUACAGGAUCUUUGUGUAACCCCACCUUCACCUAUGAAGGAGAGCAGUAUUGAACCUUUUAAAACUGACUCUGCGAGUUUGAGUGAGGGCAUUACUGGUGGUAUCACUGCUGUGGCUGUUACCAGAGUUGCACAGGCACCCACAGACCCCAACCAUAAAGACAUCAAUGGAGAAAUUGAGGAGGAAGAUGCAGAAGUUGCAGCAGCUCUGGCUGCACUGGAAGCUGCAACUGCAGGGGAAGAUGUGGAAGAUGAUGAUGACUACUAGAUGAAGGUUACUUUCUAAUACACUGGGUAAGAUCCAGAUUUUAUUUCUGGAUCUAUAUGAACCACAUAUGUGGACAGCUGUUAUGAACAGCAUAUAUAAAAGGAGUUGGGACUAAGCCUCUGUCCCUUCAGCUGUUUUAUACAGCCUUUUAAUGUCUACCGCACGAGGUACAGAAGUGCUCCCUUGGCUAACAGUAACACUAACACUCUUUCUGUGGGGCCAGCCAGGAGCAUAAAGCAUCAUUUCACCCACACAAGAUAUUCUGCUGCAUACCCACCUCACCUGGACUCAUGCAAACGUUUCCUUUGGUUUUGACCCUCACGAGGGUCUGAGAGUACUCUAUAUUCCAGGUUUAUAAAACUUCCAGUAUUUAAAACGGAACUAUAGAAGCCAUGGAGUUAGAAACCAUAGAUUUUCACCCUGUUAGGACAAAAAAAACCCAAAAACCACUGACUCAAAGUUCUAUGAUCUAAUGAAGUAUGAAGUAGGGAAGGCAGCUUGGCUUGCACUUCACUGCAGUCAUGGUUCCAUUCCAAAUUAAGCCUAAAUCUGUGCAUGUGCAACUGGUGUUAGGUUACCUCAUUUUCUCCCUUACACCUCCCCUGGCCUUUGUUUGAUACCCCAAGUGAUCUGCUUCAGUUCAUUAAAACAGCAGAAGCCUAGCCAAAUUCAAGAGUGGUUAACUGUCUGUUGGUUUAAUGAGCUAAACUAGCUCACACAAGAAUUGCACACACUCUCAAAGGUGCCAGUGAGGGAUCAAAACUCAGCCCUACCAGUUUGGAUAGAUUAAAACUGUUGUAAAACUACACCCUGAGACCUUUCAACUCUGCUAAAUUUUCCAGGCAUACAUCGCUUGCCUUAACAAUACAGUCUGCAAACAGGUAGUGUCUCAAACAUCCCCAGCAAGAUGCAUUUUGUUUAUAUACAGGUAAGAGACAGUGUGGACCCCUCCCUGGCUCUGCUGCAGUCCUUAUACAGCAGGAAAGGGAUCAAGCUUCCAAGUUGAAUUAAGCAUAAAACUUGAAAGUAUCAGUUGCAUUCGUGGAGUGUUUACCCUUCCUCUGAUUUUCAGGCUAGACUAGUUAGCCUUUCUUGCGGGGGGGUUAAAAAAAAAAUUAAAAGGAGAUAAACCACCUUUUUGCUGCCAAUUCAUCAAAAGUUGGAUCUUAAUGGUUGACAUAGAAAGUGCUUGACAUUUUAUACUGAAAUCGUGGCUUCUGAGUUUUUGUUAUAAACUCUUAAUAAAUUUUUUUAUUCAUAUAAAAAAAUAAUCUGGUUGGUUUUGUGCUUAUAUAACAGUUA